AUGGAAGAUUUUAAUGAUAUGAUCAUGAAUUGUAAUCUUAUUGAUAUAGGUUUUUCUAGUAAUAAUUUUACUUGGAACCGGGCGGGGCAAUCUCAACGGUUAGACAGAGUUCUGUUCAAUAACGAUUGGGUUAAUGUUUUCAAUGCUACUAAGGUUGUGCAUUUAAGUCGUACUCUAUUUGACCAUUCGCCUUUGCUUAUUAAUGUCAAUCUUAAUUCUGCUAGCUCUAAUUCUCAUUUUAGAUUCCAGAAUAUGUGGUUAGCUCAUGAUUCGUUUAUUAAUGUUAUUCAAAAUAACUGGUCUGCGCCUGUGUUCCCGGAUGAUUCUAUUUAUGGCAUGCGUCGUCUUUGGGCUAAGCUUAAAAGGCUCAAGGUGGUUUUGAAUUGGUGGAACAAGAAUGUGUUUAAAAAUAUUUUUUCUAAUAUUAAGGAGGCGGAGGAGAAAAUUAAUGUUCUCGAGGCCUAUUGCCAGAAUGACCCCACGUAUGUUAAUUUUGCGGUUCUUAAGGAGGCCAAAUUGGUCCUCACUAACCUUCAAUGUCAGGAAGAGACUUAUUGGAAGCAGAAGGCUGCUAUUAAAUUCCUGGCGGAAGGGGAUAAUAACACUAGUUAUUUUCAUGCUUUGGUUAACAAGAAGCGUGCUAUUUAUGAUAUUUAUAAAAUUGAUCGUGGUGAUGGUACUUUUACUGAUAAUGGGGAUGAGAUUGCUAACUGCUGUUAA